AUGUCUGGCAAAAACGAGAAUGCAGUCCCAACAAACCUUAUCACUUACAAGGGCCGUCGCAUUCCGGCACGCAUCGACCCAGAUGCUAGCAUCCUUAGAGUCGUCGAGAUCAUGGCAAAGAGCUUCAACGCGGCCGAACAUCACAUCACACUAGCGCUCCGCGACGAGAAUGACGUCUUGGUGACGCAGCAGAAUAUUGGUACAAUGGUCUCGCAGAAGGAGACACUAAAGCUCGUCUCGGCGCCUGUCACCGAGGCACUCGCCGUCGUCGCCUCCUUGCACACCGCCAAGGGGAAGGAUGCGAACGGCGAGGACCCCAACGCCACCACGGCCAUCGUGCUGCCCAACAAGGUCGAAGUGCUGCCGCUCAAACUCGCACUCUUCAAUCUCCAAAAAUAUAUCAAGGAGGACGACUUUGCCGUCGAGUUCAUGCUCAAGGGCGGCGUAGGACUCCUCGUUGAGCUGGUGGAGAAGGUGGACGGCAAGGCAGCCCUCACCGGCAACUCGCUCGCUUACGCCCUGCAGGGCAUCCGUGGUGUGAUGGAUUACGACAACGGCUGGGGCGAGUUCAGCGACGACUUUAUCGAUCGCGUUCUCAUCACCCUCGCGUCGAGUAGCGCUCCCAACGUUGUCCGGCCCGCGACCGUCAUUGUGCGCAAGCUCAUCACCGCCUCGCCCAAGGGCCACAUUGGCAAGGGCAAGCAGCGCGCGCAACAACGCGACGCUGUCAACAACUACGGCUUCGACCGCGUGUUUGGCCGCAUCCUCGCCAUUGGCCACGAGGUGCCGGGCGAGCACGGCAGCGGCCCAGCCGAGCGGAUAUUCCGGCCCAUUGUCAAGCGCUUGGAAGGGACACGCGACCUUGAGCUCUCGGCCCAGAGCCUCGCGCUCAUCAACGCUUCUCUCCGUUCUGCGCACCAGGAGGGCAGUAAGCGCUAUUCGGACCUCAUUAACGUCAUCGAGGUUCUCAACACGAGAAAAUAUGUUGCGCGCCUCAUGUCGACGAGUGCCAACAACAUUGUUGAGCCGCGCAUCCUGGACUUCCAGACACGAUACGCGAACGUCCUGCGGUACCACUCACUCCGACCUGUGCGGCCACAGACGAACCCCACACAUGAGCGGUACCUGCGGGAGAUCUGGACAGCUGGGCGCCUGGACGAGGAGGACACCGGGGACUUGGCUUCGCCACGACCGAGCAUGGCAGACUACCAGGCGUCUAAUAUCCCAAGAACAUGGGACGGGUGGCGGCGCAUGGGUCUGUCGAUUGACUUUGUCGACAGCACAGACGCGCUGGUCGAGACGGAGCUGUUCCGCGCGGUUGGCGAGCUCGGCCUCCAUUGCCUUCACUAUUACGCCACGCAUGAGGAAAACUUCCGCAGCAUCGUGCUCGAGCAGCUGGCGCGCCCAGUAGACCGGCGGUGCCCCAUCGGGCGAGCGAGUGCCGAGUGCGUCAAGAUCCUUAAUGACCACUACAAGGUUACGCAGUCGUCGCAGCGUAGUCCGACGCACUUUACGCCGUUCUUGCUCAACUUCCCGCGCUUGCACACGCUAGUGAUGAAGUUCUUCCUUCGCAUGUGGCACGACUCGGAGUCGCGACACGACGACUUUGACCGCCUGAGCUACCUCGUGGCAAGUCAGGUGCGGCAGACCCUCGCCGACGAGCACACCAAGACGUGGCUCAACCUCGAGCGCGACUUCCUCAGUACAAACUACCGGAAUAUCCGCGAGGGCCAGAUGGAGAUGAUCGAGAAGGAAGAUGGUCUGCUGGAGCGUGGGGCAGUCGUGGCAUUGCGCGGCAAGGUAGCCAAGGAGGCGACCGAGGUCAUGUCGAGCCAGCGCGUGAUCUGCAUGAUGCGCGGCAGCUGGUUCAAUGCGGUAAACGUGUUGACUGCGGGCAUCGACCAGAUGGCGCACUCGAGCCCGAACCGGCCGCUGCGGUUCGCCAUAUUGUCACCAGACAAGCGGACGCUGGCGUGGAGCGCGUUCGCUGCACGGCCCAAGGAGACCCCGACUUUUGGAAGCCUCAAGGAGCACAUAGACCUUGCGAACGUCACGUCGGUCAAGCUACAGACCGGGUGCGCUGUCGGCUCGCGUUCGCCAGACCAGGUAUCCAAGCUCAGUUUCUCGCUCAUGAGUGGCAAGGAGGCGUCGCUACUGGACCUGGACGCGAUCCAUGCCCAGCAGUUUGCCGAGUGGACGGACGGUCUGCGUGUCAUCAAGGCGCACCAUGCCAAGACUGCCGCUGCCGCUGUGGCGGCUGCUGCCGCUGAGAUUGGGCAGCCGGUACCGGAAUCGACAACGCCCCCACCUGAGAUGGGCGGCAUGACGACGCAGGAGUCGUCCAACUACGUGCGCAUCCUCACUGAGCUUGCGCUCAAGAUACGACUCCUGGACAUUACGGGCGACGGCAUCGAGAUCCCGCACAAAGUCGGGGUUGGGUCUGCGCCGCGGAGCACCGACUUUUGGUUUGCGAGCUAG